AUUCAGCAAUUAAUCUUCCAAAGGCAGACGAGACUGGGAUGGAAAAUUCUUUAUCACAUUAUGGUGUCCCGCAAAGAUCUCAAUCAUUUGGAGAUCACACUCACAAAUCAAUUCAUGAUCAGAAGGACUUUUCUACUGAAGUUGGGUCAAGGACAUCUGAUUCGAGCUGGUCCCAUAUCCAUAGAGAUGUGGAAUCUGAGCACAAAAAUGGAAUGAAAAGUGAUUACAAAAUUACAAGGCAAUCAUCUGAAGUCAUGGACCGAGAAAAUAAUGUCAAUGUUAUGCUUGGUCAUGAGGAUCCUUUUAGUUUCAGGGAUACAUUAACUGCAAGAAAGUUGCAGCUGCAUACUUCUCCAGAAGACCUAUCCCUCUGUUACAAAGAUCCACAAGGUCAAAUUCAGGGCCCCUUUUCUGGAAGUGAUCUGAUUGGGUGGUUCGAGGCUGGAUAUUUUGGUAUUGACUUGCAGGUUCGGCUUGCAAGUGCUCCAGCUGAUGCCCCUUUCUCAUUGCUUGGAGAUGUUAUGCCACACUUACGAGCGAAGGCAAGGCCUCCACCUGGUUUUGGUGCAGCUAAACAGAAUGAUGUAGCAGAGGCGUCUUUGAGGGGGAAAUUUGUCACUCCUGGUAAUGUUCAUGCAGGUUUGGAUGAGCUUGAGUUUCUUAAGAAUGGGCAAAGAAACAGGCAUGAUAUGGCAACUGAAGCACAGAAUCGGUUUCUAGAGUCACUCAUGUCUGGUAGCAUGGGCUGUUCUCCAUCAGAAAUUUUUUCUUUCUCUGGAGGUAUGCAAGAUCGUGGAAGGAGCAUGUCUGGCAAUUUGCCCUCAGUAGGAGAAAUUGGGAGUGAUGUGAAUUACCUCUUGGCCCAGAGAAGUUUGUUGGACAGGCAGAGGUCAUUACCCAAUCCUGUUCCAUAUUGGUCAGGGGGGGAUGUCUCAUCCAUAGGACCAAAGUUGGAUAUGAUCUCAGAUCCUUCUAAACCAUAUUCAAAACUGGUGCCUCCAAUGGGAGACAAUUCUCAUCAAAUUCUACAAUCUCCUCAGCAUGUGGACUUAGUGUCUAUUCUGCAUGCUGCUGCAGACAAAUCUCCAUCAUCAGCUGUUAAUUCUGGAGUACCUUCAUGGUCAAAUUUUCCUGAUGCACGAUCUAUGAAUAAUACCAUUCAUGGUGGCAUGGAGAUCUCAAAAGAUAUGCUAGACGUGCGCCACAAUCAGCAUCUUCCUUCCCAGAUUGGGUUAGGACUUCAACAGCAGAUGUUGCAACCCCCAAAUCAGCCACCUUUGCCUCCUUUGUUCACCCAAACUGGUGAUCAUUCUUCUGGCUUGGUUCCACCAGAGAAACUGCUGUCAUCUGAGCUGUCUCAAGAUCCAAAGCUGCUAAGUUUACUGCAACAACAGUAUCUGCUGUCACAGCUUCAGUUGCCUUCUCAGGCCCCUGUUCUCGCUCAAGUCUCUCUGCUGGAUCAGAUGUUACUGCUCAAACAGCAGCAGAAACAAGAGCAGCAGCAGCAGCAGUUAUUGCUGCAGCAACAGCAACACCUUCUUUCCCAAGUGUUGUCUGCACAUCAACCUCAUCAACAUUUUGGUGGUCCUUCCUAUGGGCAAGCACAUGGUGCUAUUCCGUCAGGCAAUACUCCUAUGGAUCAUCUUGGGCUUCAAAGUGUACAUGAGGUGCUUCAAGUUAAUCAGCAGAUGCCAGUCCAUAAUUUGCAGGAUGGACAACCAUCCUACCCUCCAAGUUUGAAUCUGCAAGGUGCCCGGGAUGCCAGUUGCUCAGUGAGCUCUGAGCCUUCAGCUUUACAUUUGCCUCAUCAGAUAUUUGACCAUACAAUAAAUUCAAAAGAAUGGGAUGCUUCUCUUUCACGAGAGAGUAAGGAUAUUUCUAACUCUGAUGGUGCAGCAACACCAGUAAUUGCAGAUAGUCUGCCUUUAUCAGAGACCACAGAGAAGCGUGAACAAGAGGUUUUUGUUCCACAGAGGAUUGACCAUGGCCUAGAUGAAAAUAGAACAAUACAUGAACCAUCAUCAAUAUCUCAAACUACCAAACUCGUGACAUUAGCUAGUUCUGAAGUGGUGAACCAUCUUGGGUCUUCACGGGAUGGUCCUAAAUCAUCUGAUUUUGUGUUUUCUAUCUCGGAUCAAGUUCAUGAUUUGAAGAUUUCUUCAGAAAAAAUCCCUGACUGCCAUACUGAAUCACCAUUAACAAAAGAAACAAAAAAUGUAGAAAUACGGGAGGUAAGAAAAGCUUCAGAGAAAAAACUGAAAAAACAAAAGAAUUCAAAGGCACAAUUUACUUCAGAUGUUGGGAAGGGAUCAUCAAAGACAAUUCCUUGCCAGCAGUCAAAACUAGAUCUUGAAACUGAAGGUUUGAAUGCUGGUGGAACUAAAUCAAUGGGGCAAGCAGAUGCAGAAGAAUCUCUCUGUGUGACUUCACUGGUAACAGGAAAAGAAGAUUCUGUUGUACCUACCACAGAACCUCAGGAUUCUCCAAGAUCUCAGCUUUCAUCUUUGGGAAACAUUUUAGCCAACGAAUCCGAAGCUGUUGGAGGGGAAGCUGACCAGGGAGAAGGAGCAUCAACAUUCAAUGCACCAAUGACAGGUAGUCAUCGAGCUUGGAAACCUGCUCCAGGGCUCAAGACUAAAUCAUUGCUAGAAAUUCAACAGGAGGAACAGCUAAGGGCACAGAGAGAAAUAAUGGCUUCUGAAGUUGCAGCUAAGGUCAUCCCUGCAAGUAGUCCUUCACAACCCCCCUGGACUGGCAUUGCUGCCAAUUUGGAGCAAAAGUCUGUUAAAGAUACUGUUCUAGGUGGAACCAGUCCAUCUGUUUUGGGGAACUCAGAAAAUACAUUGAAUUCCAAGAGCAGGAAGAGCCAGUUGCAUGAUUUAUUGGCAGAAGAAGUUUUGGCCAAGUCAAGUGAAGUAGAUAAAGAUAAUGGUAGUAAUAUUAAGGGGUCAUUUUUGCCGCCUUCACCAGUGGGUACCCAAGUUGACACAUUAGCUGUUGAUGAUGAUGAUUUUGUUGAGGCCAAAGACACUAAGAAAAGCCGUAGAAAGGCAUCCAAGGCCAAAGGUGCUGCAGUUAAAGCCCCAUCACCUGUUGGGUCAGCUGAUCUUUCUGGUCCCUCAAUUCCUACUGAAAAGGGCAAAAGUACUCGUCAGGCACAGCAAGAGAAGGAGACAUUACUGGCUCCACCCACAGCUCCAUCUUUAGGGGAUUUUGUUCUGUGGAGGGGGGAGCAAGCAAACUCUUCACCUGCUCCAGCAUGGUCCACGGACUCUGGCAGAAUUCAGAAACCCACAUCAUUAAGAGACAUUCAGAGGGAACAGGAAAAGAAGUCAGUGUCUGUCCAGCAGCAAAUUCCAAUACAAGCUCCUGCAAAAGUCCAAUCAAACCGCAGUUGUCACGGUAGUGGACCUUCUUGGCCGAUUCCUGGAUCAUCAUCUCCUUCCAAGGCUGCAACACCUAUCCAAACGACUUUGCAUGCUUCCACUCAAUCAAAAUCUAGAACUGAAGAUGAUCUAUUUUGGGGUCCUCUUGAACAAACAAAACAGGAAACGAAGCAGUCAGAUUUCCCGUCUCUUAAUUCUAACAGUUGGGGAGUUAAAGGCACUCCGGUGAAAGGAGCACCUGGAGCAGCACUAAACCAUCAAAAGCCAUCAAGUGGCAGACCUGUGGAGUAUGCUCUGUCAUCAUCACCUGCUGGUGGUCCGUCCGUGGCAAAACGGAGGGUUUCAGCAACCAAGCUUUCUGAGGCAAUGGACUUCAGAGACUGGUGUGAGAGUGAGUGGGUCAGGCUAACCGGGACAAAUGAUAUGAAUUUUUUGGAAUUUUGCAUAAAACAAUCAAAAUCAGAGGCUGAAAUGCUCUUGAGCGAAAACCUUGGUUCAUUGGAUCGCAACCAUGAGUUCAUCGAUAAGUUCCUUAACUGCAAAGAGUUCUUGUCAUUUGAUGUUAUUGAAAUGGCAUUCCAAGAUCGAAGCGCCUGCAGCACACGUGCUGAUGGUCUGGGACAUGGCAAGUCCAACAGUUCGGACAUCAGGGACAUCGAUGCUGAUCUGGAAGCUGGAAACCAAGCAGCAGCCAAAGGGGGAGGAGGCAAGAAAAAGGGGAAGAAAGGGAAGAAGGUGAGUCCAUCAGUUUUAGGUUUUAACGUGGUUAGUAACCGAAUAAUGAUGGGUGAGAUUCAGAGCAUAGAGGAUUAGGAAGUUAGAGGGUGAGUGUGUACAUACAUUGUCUUGACAACCCGUCUGUAAAUGUUUUUAUCCUUCUGCUGGGUGGGUUUUGCCCCCUCCUAAUCUCUAUAGAGCAGUAAUCGCACACUGUAAACAGCUCAAGCAGUUUUUUGGUAGCAACUAACAACAGUCGUUUGCUCAUCCCUCCCUAGUGCAGUAAUUGCACUGUCGGUUAACAGCUCCAGCAGAUUUGUGGUGAUAACUAACAGCAGCCUUUUGCUCAUUUAGAGAAGCCAAGGUGAACUUUGGUAUGAAUCAAAGUUCUGACUCGAAAAUACGAUGGUUGUAUCAUAGCUGUACUCAAAUUUGCCAAAUUUGAUGAUGGUGAGUGGUAAGAUGUACAGCUCUAGAAUCAUGCAAUGGUUGUAAUGCCUACCUAUGCCUGAUGUGGCCUGAAGACGCAAAUCAAACAUAUAUGACCUAUUAUUUACCUUGUCA